AUGCCAUUAUUACUGGAACGUCCAGAAAACUUUCCGAAGCCAGUUUCCUCUGAUGGAGGAAACUCAAGAAGGAUUACAAAGGAACUACGCGAACUGGUAAUUGGUGAUCCAAUACUCAUGGCUGGACCCAUUAAUAAUGAUUUGUUCCAUUGGGAAGCGAUAAUUCAAGGUCCCAUAAAUACACCUUAUGAAAACGGUAAAUUUAUAAAUCGCAUUCUGUUUACAGACCUGUAUCCCAUAAAACCGCCCAAAUGCUACAUGAUGACAAAAAUUUUUCAUCCAAAUAUACAUGAAUAUUCGGGUGAAAUUUGUUUAACUUUACUUGAUCGCGGAUGGCGAACAACACUCACAGUUGGAAAUAUACUAAGUGGAAUUUAUAAUUUAUUACAACAGCCAAAUUCCGAAUUCGAAAGCUGUCUGAACCUAGAUGCCGGCCGUCUAUUAGACAAUAUAGACGAAUUUAACCGCAUAGCAAAAGAAUACACAGUACUACAUGCAAUCUAA